UUCAUGAGAUGCUAAACGUAAAGACAAUUUAUUCAAUUGGCUUCACGAAAAAAUAUUUUUCAAACCGAAGUCAAAAUAGAAAGUAUGUAGGUUAAUGGCCUACUAUCAAAUAUCAAGAGCAAUCCCGCUGUAAAUACGUGUUUCUUUCAAUAUAUUUGUUUAACUAAUUAAUCCCUUGUUGUCCUGCAUAUCUGCAACAGGGAGUGCUUUACUAUUCACGCAAGCGCAGCAGUCCUAUUAGAGGAUAUCUUAGCAACCAGCUUGUUUACAGAACUUUCUGAUGCUGCCGUGGUCACUCGCAGUAAAUUAAAUCGUCAGAUUUAAAGCUGAUUGUUAAACUAAGAUAGCGGAAUACAUUAGUGAUAAAAAAAAAAAAAUGUACAAAUUGGAUCUUCCAAAGGAUCUGGCCAUGGCUGCUGCCCUGGAACAGAGGAGAAACAGAGAGAUCGAGCGACAGAACAGAAUCUUUAAUUCCAAAGUCAGAAUAAUUGGGGUGGACAAAGAAGCCUUAGACUACCAGGUUAAAGAAAAGAAGAUCAAAGAAGAGACUGACGCGCACGUUCACGAAGCCUAUGCUAAAGACCUGAUUCGCAAUGAAAAGAUCGCCUGUUUGCUGGAUAACAGGCAGAAGAAUGACAGCAGGGCCCUAAAUAAGGCGGUGGAGGAGUUUCGCCAAUGUUUCCAGAAACCUGAGAGCAGGCGCGAGUUUUAUCUGAGUGAUCCUCAAAUGAUAAAGAAGGACCUCCCAGCACGCGUUUCUGAUCAUGAUCCCAGACUGUCCAUCUCAGGAGUGCAGAAGCUGGUGGGAGAAGAUUUAAACCAGCAAGAGCGACACAGGAUGCAGCAGGAGCAGCUGAGGGAAUGGUCACUGCAGCAACAGGAAGAACUGCACAGAGCACGGGAAGAGCACGCAUGUGCAGAGGAACUUUACAACAAGACAAGGGUGGAGCUUGAUAACAGAGCUGUUGAACUUCAAAAGAUUGAGGAAGAAACCAGGAGAGCUAUCACUGUGGCAACCAAAGACUUUAAUUUGGCAAAAGCUGCUGAAACAAGAGAAAAACAGAAACUGGAGAAGCAGCAGGAGGAGGAAGAUAACCUGGUGGAAAUCUCCAACCUGAUCCAGGGGGACCUGCUCUCGGAGAAUCCCGAUCAAGCUGUCAGUGUGUUUGGACCCCAUCGCGUCGUCCCCGACAGGUGGAAGGGGAUGAGACCAGAACAACUGAAGGAGAUAACCCACUUCCAGCAACAGCAAGUCCAGGAAAACAUGAGGUCCAAAGAAAGGGAGCUGCUUUAUGAUCUGGAGUGGAAGCAGCAGUGUGUGGAUUCUGCACGGAAAGCACUGCUCCUGGAGAGACAGCAAGCACGUCUGGAGCGUGAGCUGCGCCGAGCCCUGGACAACACCAACAAGCAGCUGUCUGAGGCACACAGAGCACAGAAGCAGUAUCUGGAAAAGGAAGUCUUCACGAACAUUCCAGAGGAUGGCUACUUUGCACAGUUCAAUACAACCAGCCGCUAAAAGGAUUACAAGGUGUAGUUCAUAAAGUCUCUGUAUUGCUGCCUUCAAAAUAUAGAGAAAUUUUGGUGCAAUUUGAGAUCUGUAGAAUUAAAGCUCUGUAUUUGCAUUUUCCCACCUCUUACAAACCAUGUACUACAUUAUUAAUUUUUUUAAUAUUACCAAGCAUACUGUAAUCAAAAAUAAAUAAUGGAUUAUACCUGUCAGCUUGGCUGCUUUAUGAAAAGAUUUUAAAUGCAAGUUUCAGUUCACUUUAUUCAGAUUGUUGAAUCUACUUUAAUAUUCUUAUGUAUCUGUAUAAUUGAAAGUGUUCUACAGCAACAUAGGUUUACACAAACAAGAGUGUUAUAACAUAGUAUUUCCUAAAUUAGAAAACACUUUAAAAACACAUUUUCUAUACAGUUUUUCUGUCAGUAUCAUAGCCUUUUCCAAUGUAUUGACAUUUUAUUAUUAAAGUAUCUGGCAAACUAACACCACUGUGCCCAUUGUAAGUGACAUUGUGAUAAAUGUGUCCGAUUUUGGAUCAAAGCUGUGUGUGAAUAAAUCAAACAACUUAAAAAAAUAAACAAACACAAAAGUUUGAGAUCCAGAAAUCCAGAAAGAGUCUAACCAGUUUGGGUUUUUUGUUUGUGCAAAUGGCUCUAGACCAGUCUUUUUCUUGUGGGAACAGUUAUUCAUGUCAUCAAACCUGUGCAAUAAUUCCUGACAUUGAUCAUCAAGCAGAAAUGUAUACAAAGUUAUGUAGCUUCAAAUUACUUUUUCAAUUUAACUUUUUAUGCUGUUUGCAAUGAUUGAGUGGUUCUUGUAAAAAGUUCUAAUUGCAAACCACUGACACAUGUAACAGCUAGAUUAGCCAAGCUGUCUUUAUAGCAGUAAGAGAGCCACAAGCAUCUAUAAAGACACUUUGACUGGCCUAGCCUACGUUACAUACAAUGCUACCCUGUUUGGAGUUAAAGUUUGGAGUUGGGGGGGGGGGAGGCUUUGGUCGGCCAGGAUCUUCUCGGCUCACCGCACACCAGCGACCCUUGUAGUCUGGUA